AAGAAACUGCGCCUACGCUUGUGCCAUAGUAGGAAUUGGCUUGCACUUGCCUAUAACUUUCCUAAGUUUCAGCUGAAUAAUAAAUAAAGAGGCGUGAUUUUCAACUUUAGGCUUGCCAAGAAAAUAACAAGUUACGAAGCAAUUGACAAACAAACAAUCCAGGACGCAACAUCGCUGGAGGCCAAAAUACCACCAUAUUAGAGGAUAUUAGAGGGGGGAUCUCCCGACAACUAUCAAACCUCGUCUACUAGGUUUUUCUUUCUUCCUAAAGGCACCCAAGGAAAGCAUUUAAGAAAAAAGCAGCCGGUUUCUUAAAGCUUGGGAACCAUCCGGAUUCAUGCGCUGUUUCUAAUACCACUUCUUCAGAAUAGCCAAGAUUAAUUACUAGUGUGAAGCAUCGCACCCCGGCUGGCGAUCUGACGCGCCCUAAGCGUUAGUGAUACAAAUACAUAAGAGGCGGCAGCGAAAGACAGUAUUGGUAUCCGAGGGAGCCCCGGUGGCAACUCAUCAUGUUUGACCGUUUACGAAGCUCCUCAAAGGAUCAGGGUGCGCCGGCGAUGGAUAGGAAGAAGCUCGAGGCCUGGCAGAAAUCACGCUCUCAGGGCGUAAAGGGAGGAGACGCGCAUUAUCAGUAUUCCAUCAAAGGAGGAGCACCUCCGCCCCCGAGGCCGCCGAGAGAACCCGUCUACCCGGCCCAACGUCAGCAGAAUCGGCAAAGUUUCCAACCCGCACCCCCCGUACAAGCGCCGAACCAACAUCGCAAUUCGAACUACCCACGUCCCGCAUCCUCCGUCUACUCACAACCUUCGCCGGCCGCCGCUACCUUCGCUGCUCAACAGCUGAGAGUUGAAGUCCCGCCUUACAAUCAGCCUUAUAAUCCAAACGAAGUUUCCCCACCAAGUUCCCCUGACGCCUUUUCACCACAGGACGAGCCCAAUCCAGGUGAUGUUUCUCCUAUCGACGAUAUCCCAGGCAUGUCUCAACUCGCCGUAGACCCUCGGGGUCCCACAAAGAAUGAAUCUCGCACCAACAUUCCAGCAACCCGUCGCGAGCGUCGGAAGAACUCGGACGCUGCCAUGAAUGCUCUUCGAGAGGCCAAGUCUCGUGAGAGGCUAAAGCAGCAGCGGCCGUAUGGCCACGAUGUGCGCUGGGACCCGGAUACCGGGGAACCUACUACAGAUACGAAGGGUAGACCAUCGCAAGUAAAUCCGCAUCAGUAUGUUCAGGGCCUCGGUGAUCGCCCAGGCUCGGUAUCUCCGCCACCAGCCAAGCCGGCUCACCAAGGCCCCAUUUCCUUUGGCGACCGUUUGCGUCGAAUACGACAAACCAGCGGUAGCCCUCAACCUGAAUCAGCUCCACGACCGGCAUGGCGAGGGGCUAGUGGUCGAACAACCCUCGUUGCACCUGUGAACGACACGAAAGACGUGGCUCCACUGCAGCUACCUCGAAAAAGUAGCAAACGAGCCGCCCGUGAGGCUGGUGCUUUAGCUCGUAUUGACUCUGUCGAUUCCGAAAUUACUUCCCAGCCGCAAUCGCCUAGUAUUGCAGUCACGAAUGCAAACGCCAAUCCGCAUACGUAUCCAAGCUCACCCCUUUCAGACGAUAACAUGGCCGGCAAUCCUCCUCAGCAAUCUCUGCGAGUCCCAUCGAACGACAAGGCAGUUCGUAGGAAGCCAACAGGUGCCCCCGGCCACCAGCCCCAGCAGUCAACCUCCUCAUCCGUAUACUCCCAACAAGAAAUCCACCCAACCCAGACACCACCUCCUGACACGUCCCUGGAAGGUUGGACGCAACCGCCCUCUCGCUUCAGCGUCACCACAUACGCAACAUCAGACCAAUCAACCCAUAGGGAGAGCAUAGAAGAGGACACGCCGCCGGUGCCCGCUCCCUCAGGGCCCUCGAUCCUUGACCGCAAGCGUCCGGUAGUCUCAGGCUAUGAUAACAACUUCCCACGAAAAAACAGUCCCGUGGAACCCGUCAAGAUUAGCUUAGAUUCGUACUACAUGACGGGGGCCGGAAGCAAUGUCAAAGGCAGCAGCACCAGCAGAUCCAACAUCAAGAACAAGACCAUCAAUAACAUUAGCCUCCACGACAACAGUUCGAAGCUUUCAAUUACAUCGACAAUGGAUAAAUCCCUCCCCCCAGCACCACCCGAGACGCAGUCACUGGAAGCUCAGGAUCGCGUGGCGCAGCUAGACGCACGGUUACGGGCGCUGGGUAAUCGACGCAUCAACCUAAACACUGCGAUCAAGCAGAUGACGGAGCUUAUGCCGACGGACCACAUCCUGGCGAGCGAGGCGGUGGCGCGACGGCGCGAGGAAGAGAAACGCAAAGUGGAGACGCUGCGACUCGAGCUGGCCGAUGUCGAGCGCGAGAGCUAUGAUCUUGGGCUAAAGCUACACCGCGCCUAUAAAAGACUCGAUCGCAAUGCAGAAUACGAGCCGACCACGUUGUGGGUGAGGAGGGUUACGGGGUAGUAGGACCAAAGUUAGGGGGUAGAGAAGAGGGGAAUAUAGGUUAUUAGGCGGGCGUAAGGGUGAUGGUAGCAAAGGUGUUGGUAGCGAGAUUUACGCCGUUGAAGAAGCACUGGAUUGCUCGCCUUCCGUAAUACGAUACCCAGAACGAGUUGAGACUUUCCCUACUGGAAGGGAAACGGAGAUGAUAAGUAUCCUCGAGUUUUAUUUAUUGAGCUUUUUUGGUCGUUUGUUUUCCGAAAUAGGGGCGGUCUACAGGGGCGCCAUGCCAUGCUAUGCUACGACUACGGUACGACUACGUCACGCUUCGUCUUAAAUUCUUUUUAUUUCGGGUUAUUUUCACCGGUGGCUUUCCGUCCUCGUUCCCCUACUAUCCGAGGAGAAGAGCGGGGCCAGUUGAGAUUAGGAGGAGAGGAGAGGAGCCAUCGAGAUACCUAUGUACGUACCUAUGUAGUAGGCACACAGGUGGAAGCAUGGCGUUGUACGACAUGUUCAUUUAUGUGGUUUGUUUGAUGUCUGGUCCCCGCGGGGCGAGGUCAGUGUAGGAUAGGUAGAGAGGAAGGUCGGGCAAGGGUAACGAAAGGAAGUGUAAUCGUAAAUAUGAAUGCGAAUGAGUUUAAACAUUUGAGUAGUAUGCCUUGUAAGUGGAUGUAUGUAGAUGAAUGCAGUUUGCAGUUUGCAUACGAGCAAAUCUAAAG